CUAUGUCAUAAAUUUAUAUUUCCAGUUUCUCUCGAGUGAACUCAAAUUUAUAAAAAAAAAAAACGAAAGUGACAUAUCAUGAUUGGAAAAAGUUUGCGAAACUCAUUGAUAUUUUUACUCUUGGCUUUAAAUUAUUCAACAGGUGAAUAUUUUGAUAACAUUCAAGACUUUCAACCACAAUGGGAGAGUUUGGAUAAAAGAACUUUGCCUUCUUGGUAUGAUGAUGCUAAAUUUGGAAUUUUCAUACAUUGGGGUGUUUACAGUGUUCCUAGUAUUGGAUCCGAAUGGUUUUGGAAAAGUUGGAAAGAUGGAAGUAUUGUUCUUAACAAAUUUAUGAAACAAAAUUAUCCACCUAAUUUUACGUAUCAAGAUUUUGCUCGCGAUUUUACUGCUGAAUUUUUUGAUCCUGUAAAAUGGAGCCAACUUUUCAGAGAUUCUGGUGCAAAGUAUGUUGUAUUGACGAGUAAACAUCAUGAUGGAUAUGCCCUUUGGCCGUCGAAGUAUUCUUACAGUUGGAAUUCUGUUGAUGUUGGUCCACAUCGUGAUAUAAUUGGUGAAUUGUCAAAUGCAAUUCGAACAAGAACAAAUUUAACAUUUGGACUUUAUCAUUCUCUUUAUGAAUGGUUUCAUCCCCUAUAUUUGGAGGAUAAAAGUAAUAAUUUUUCAACGCAUAAAUUUGUCUUUAAUAAAGUAAUUCCUCAAUUAGAGGAAUUGAUUUAUACAUAUAAACCGGAAAUAAUUUGGUCUGAUGGAGAUUGGGAAGCUUCUGAUAAAUAUUGGAGUUCAACGGAAAUUUUAAGUUGGUUGUACAAUUCAAGUCCAGUUAGAAAAACCGUUGUUGUUAAUGACAGAUGGGGUUCUAAAAUUAUAUGUCAUCAUGGAGAUUUUUAUACUUGCUCCGAUCGUUAUAAUCCAGGCAUUCUUCAGACGCACAAAUGGGAGAACGCAAUGACAAUUGAUAGAAAAUCUUGGGGUUUUCGAAGGAACGCUGACUUAAAGGAUUACAUGUCUCUUCAAGAAUUAGUUAAGGAAUUGGUAAUUACUGUGAGCUGCAAUGGAAAUUUGUUAAUGAAUGUAGGACCUACAAAGGAUGGAAUUAUAAGUCCAAUUUAUGAAGAAAGACUUCGAGGAAUGGGAUCUUGGUUAGCAGUAAACGGAGAAGCAAUUUACAAAACUAGACCUUGGAAAACUCAAAAUGAUACCUUAAAUGGAAAUGUUUGGUAUACGGAAAGCAAAACAGAUGAAAAAUUGUUUGCCAUUCUUCUUUCUUGGCCAACAGAUAACAUUGUUAAAUUAGGAAGUGUCAGGGUGUUAGAAUCAGCAAGCAUUCAACUUCUUGGCAAUCAGAGUAAACUUGAUUGGCGAAAUCAUUCAUCAGAACUUUGGAUUAAUUUACCUCCAAGUGCUCAAAAAGGAGAGCCAGCAUGGGUCAUAACAUUAAGUCAAUACAUUUCAAGAGACAAAUAAUAGAAAAUUUUACAGAUUUUUAAUUAUUGCGUAAUAAAUUUUAUUAAAUUUCAAUAAAAUGA